AUGCCCGGCAUUGCCAUCCCAGCAUCAACAACAAUGGUCUUUCAAUGCUGGAGCACACUACCGGAGGCAGAGCGACUGCUCUGCGUUGGUCAGACCCUUUUGAGGAAGAAAUUUGAUGGACGGCAAGCUUGGCCGCCUGCAGGCUGUCUACUGGAGCGUUGGGAACAGGAAAUCGACUUCAAGGUUGGGAAAAUCCUCGGGGAUGAGGAAAACGAGUCUUUGGUGCGGGACUCGGACGGAUUGGGCUAUACCUGUUCCCAUGUUCUGCUCAUGCUCAGCAAGGCGGAGAGGCGCAAGGCCAUACCCUUCAUCGUCUGCUAUCAUGAGGACAAAAAGAAAGCCAAGGGGGCUGUCAAGGUUCUUAGCAUGAGCAAUGAGAUGAGGAGGUUUGGAUUCCAAUACCUUGCUCUGAAAGGGCCACUCAUUCUUGCCGGCGACGGUCCAUCGCAAGGACCCCAUCCAGGCUACCCCGCCUGGAACAUUGACAGCGUCUGUGGAAAGCAUGUGCUUGCUUGCAGACCUCCAAUCGACAGCCAAACUCAGGGCAUACGAGCAACACUGGGUGGGGUGCUCAAGUUCGGCCCGGAAAGCUACUACGGGCUAACAUCAGCCCAUGUCUUCUUCAACUUAUUUGAUCGAAGAAAACAAACCACAAGCAGCAAAGAGGACAUAGGUAUCGGUCACAGUCUGAGUGAUGCAAGGCAAUUCCAGUCGGCCGCUGGCGCCGGAAACAGGCCUCAUCCAAGCAACAUCACUCCCGAAGCGCCCGCCUCUCAUGCCAUGUUUUCUAUUCACCAAGAAGACGAGGUCUAUGAUCUUGAAAAUCGUCAUCUAGUGCUGAAGGCCUCAGAUCAGCAUAUCGGCAACGUCUUUCACCGCGACUCAACAGUCAUUGAUCCUACCAGGCUCUACAAUCCUUCCCUGGACUGGACACUGUUUGAAAUAACCAACCCUCGACUUUGGCGCUCAAAUAUCACGAGGCUCUCGGAGAGCACCAGUUUCAUCCCACGCCCAGGUUACAACAAAAAGCAAGCUCCUGGCGGUAACCUCAUCGUACUAAGUGGCCCUGGUGGGCCAGAGGCAGGUGUCGGACUAGGCAUGAAAUCUAACAUCUGCCUGCCAUGGUCGGGGAAAUUUGUCCAAGCGUGGCUGUUGGAUUGUGAGCUAGGCGUGGGUUCGUGCGGCUCAUGGGUCAUCGAGCCGGACUCUGCAGUCAUAUGCGGUGUCAUCGUCGCGGGCAGCCCUGAAACAGGUCUAUCGUGGAUGUUACCAGCUGAUCCAAUAUUCAAAGACAUCUUAGAGAAAUGGGAGGGCUCCUACGAGGCGCCUCAAGAUGUCUUCCAAAUCUCCAGGGAUAUACGGAUUGAUCUCGAGAUCGAUGGCAAUAAACGUCCUGGAGAAAGGAGGAGAGAUGAUGGCGUACAGGGGUCAUUGCCGCAAAUCAUUUUGCCCCAACACAGGCCUUCGUCGUUGGCCCAGGCGGGAGCUCUUGCUCGUUCCGGGGUGAGCUCGUUACUUUCUACCAUGUCGGAAGCCGGAAGAGUCCGCAACCCGUCCGUGGUCUCAUCAGAUCCCUCCAAUUUUGCCAAAUCGACUGGUGAUACAGUCUCCGAGCUGGAGAGCAGCAGGACUUCCCAACCAACGCAGCAAGGCCAGCGUACUGUUCAGCAAAGAGCCUCGAAAUCUGAUCUCAAGGACGUCUUGGGCCUUCCGGAUGUCGCGUUCGAAUUCGUUUACAAUUGUGGAGACGGCUUCGACGCCUGGUAUGAGUUCAUGGAUACGCAUCCAAACGUGCUCUCGGUCCCUGUGGAAUCUUUUAUCAAAGCUGCAUCAGCUGCUCAGGCGGAAAAUCUCGGCGGAGUCAUGCGCAGCUGCGUGAGCAAAGCAGUAUUGCUUGAGAAUUACACAUCGAGGGUUUUGGUAAGAGAGGUGCUGCGGGAAUAUUUCAAACCUCUGAUCGACGGAGACCGUGAGGCUAUGGAGAAGUUCUUCGCGCGCAGAGACGAACUUCGAAAACGUGUCAGAGAACAAUCGGAAUCUCAGCAAUGA